GCCAAAACGGUUGUGCCAACGUCAAGAACAGCAACAUCAUGGCGGACGCAAAGAUCCAAGAAUUGCUGGCAAAGCCACGCAGCGACCUCACCGAGUUCGAGAUUGCGCAACUCGAAGAGCACGAAUUCACGUCCGGACCGCUCUCGAUCCUCCAGACUGCCGUAAGAUCGCACACACAAGUCCUCAUCUCAUGCCGGAACAACAGGAAGUUGCUCGCACGCGUGAAGGCGUUUGACAGGCAUUGCAAUAUGGUGUUGGAGAACGUGAAGGAGAUGUGGACUGAGACGCCAAGAAGUGCUCAAGGGAAGAAGGGAAGGCCUGUCAAUAAGGAUCGGUUUAUCAGCAAGAUGUGAGUGUCCUCCCAAAGGGUUGAUACGGCUGGGUGCUGAUUUGAUAUCACAGGUUCUUGAGAGGAGAUUCUGUUAUCCUGGUGCUACUUAGUUGAGCUUUCGACGAGGAUUUGGGUGGUUUUCUACGGACGGAGAA